AUGUUUCCGUUUUUGCUCAACGCUGUUAGCAUUAUCGGUGGAGCUAUUGUUGGGUGGAAAAUUGUUAGAACAGCCGAUAAUACUCGACGUGACGCAACUCCUGUUGGUCAUAAAUUAGCAAACGCAGCCGAUGACUACAUGGGUCAUCCUGUUGAGAAUGCUAAUCUAAUAACUUAUGUUUCCGUUUGGCUUUUUAUGACGUUAACUAAUCGUCUCAAUAUUAUUAUGUGUAUCUUGGCAGCUACUGCCUUUGGUUUUGUGGCCAUGCGUACACCUAGCUUUCUUUCGUAUUUAACUGAUUUCUCGUCAUAUCUUCGAGCGAUUUUCUGGUUCCUGUUCACUGCACUGUGCUUUUUUAUGGUUCGUAAUUAUAAUCAACAUUCAAGGAGCUGUGAGAAUAUGAUUAAAGAUUCAGCUGCAAAUCGUAAACGAAGUUCAGGUAAAGAUGAUGAUGAUGCACCAAGACGAAAACGAUGUAUACCAAAAUUAGAUAAUUAUGAUCGAUGCUUUAUUCAUAAUCAAUUUACAUUAAUCGAUUAA